ACAGCUGACUAGUUUUGAGUAAACCUGCGACCUGUCAACUAGUGUAAUAAUAACAAAGUGACAAUUCUUUUGCCCAGUGCAUAAAACUUUCCACAAAUCUUCAUAAUGUGUAAUCAAAUCAUAAAAAACUCUUGUAGAAGUGUUGUUAUAUAGCAUCAGAGGUUUUUGCUGAGGAAUUUGGCGAUAAGAUAAAAGAUACGGAAUAGUCAGGAGAAGUCGGAAUAUGGGACGUUGAAAGGCUGUAGAUGGGUUAGCAAAUGUCCAAGGAACAAACAUUUCGUCUGAUAGCUGUACUCGUAGUUUGAAGAUGCACAGUACAAAUUUCAAUACAGACGGAGGCAGUACGAAAGGAGAAGUUCUGGUAUCGGUGGCGACGUUGGUGACGGAGGGGAGGAUCCCAGGCAGUAUUAACUCCAAAUCCAAGAAGUUUUAUGAAGGACCCCACUGUACCUUGGUGAAGGGAGCCAAUAAGGGACAUACUUGUGGCUUGGCUGACUCUCUGUGUUUGAAAUACGAAAACGACCGCGAGACAGUCAUAAAUUUGUGCAAAAAGGACAUACCGUUGUGCAUCGAAGUUAUCCUGACGUGUGAGUGUAAAGAAGUUGACGAGACGACCGACGAUUUGAACGGCAUUUACGUUUUGGAACAGUGGCAUUUCAGCGUCGGCCCCAAAAAGUCUGCUGAACCGUUGCUAUUCAACGUAACACAACUUGCUAGCGCCAUAAGGUCCCAGCUCUAUUUCUCUCAAAUAACUGCAUGGCUCAUUACCCAAGACGAUUCCUGGCCUUUGACAAUACACGAGGACAAUUUUCGGUACCAUUUGACAGCUCCCGGAAAGACAAUAGCCACGUCGACUUUCCACCUGGCGGCGACCAAGCACGAUUUUCCAGCAACCGAUAUAGGUAACGGUACGGUUCUCCACGUUUCCUGUUUAAGUUUGCCGAGAAGUGCCACAAUUCCAAAGAUAACUUGCAAUAACUGCGCAAUGAAAACGGCUUAUGACAUGGAUAUCAAUAAUAAACUACUUGACGAUAGGAUGCAUAUUCCUUGCAAACUAAAGGGCAAACACCGAUGCGAAGACCUGGAAGAAGAAGAGAACGUCAAAAUAGACAACAAACUAAACGUGAAGCGCCUCUGCAGUAAGUCCAGCGUCUCUUGCGAAGCGUCGACGAGCAAAAACAGGCCAAAGCUCCACACGUUCAUCCACAACUCAAACUUUUAUGCUUCCGAUAAACCAAAUAACCAAAACUGCUGCCAGAGGUCGCUUCUCGUAGCCAAAAAUGAUCUCAACAAGGACAAGGGCCAGCUGCUGCUCGAGGCCAUAGAACGCAGCGGCCAAAAGAGUACAAGCGAGAGUGAUAUAGCGAAUUGUGAUAAGCGAGAAAGUGAUAUUAGAGAUAAACCUAAUUUUAGAGUAUACGUAGAUAAACAUUGUGAUAGUCCUGUUCCAAUUUUGAAAGAGAAGAAAAUUAGAGACAUUUCUAAUGUUGAUCUUAGAAAGAGAGCUCACGUUAGACAGAAGAUCCAGUUCGAUGAUGAUGGCGUUUGCAAGGGAGAGGUACCGAGCCAGGUGGAGCAAGCCAAGUUCAGGAAAGAUCUAGAUAACGCUGCUUCGAUGGUUUUCCAUUCGAGGACUGGUUUGCCGUUGACCAGUAGUCCUGCGCCUGUGAGGAGGGGAAAGUCGUGUUUCGAUUUCGAUUCUUCUAUCAACUCAGUUUCAGCAAUAAAAAGCGCCCUGUUCUCGACCAGUUUCUCGACAGACGACGAAAGCGAGAGCGACGGCAGCAUAGCGUCUCCGUGUAGCCCCGAGACACUGUUGACUCACAAAGGCGGUGUGUCACCUGUCAAGUACCGCCGAAGAGGCCACUCGGCAGGUUUAUUAGGUAGCUUUGAAGAGUCGGUUCUCAAUGGCCGCUUGGAACCAGUUUCAACCGUCCAAGGCUUUACCGCCGAGCUGGGAGCUAGUGGUUCAUUUGUUCCUAAACAUCUCGUUGUGCCAGUAACAGUAUUUUUCUACACAUUAGGAGAAACGGAUAAAGUUUCGUCACCUUACCUCGGACACCUAAACAUUGGCAAGAAGAGUUACAAUGUACCCAAGAUGGGCACGGUUCAAGUGACGCUGUUCAACCCGCUCGGAACUGUGGUAAAGAUGUUUGUGAUAAUGUAUGAUCUCUCUGAUAUGCCUCCCAAUUCUCAGACUUUUAUCAGACAACGCACAUUGUACAUGCCUACAAAUUGUAAAGAGGUCAACUUAGAAUGGGGACCCAAGUGGCUGCGGUAUCUUAUACAUUUAAGAUUUAUGAGUUCGAAAUCCGGCAAGAUCUACCUCCACAGCGACAUCCGCAUGAUCAUCUUCCGCAAAUGUGACAUGGACACUGCGACUGCGCACGGCAUCGAAAUGCGCUACGAACUGCGAAGUUUCACUCACAUGCCUACCAAUCCAAGGUAUUCACCAAGAAAGUAACCAGAAACCAAUUACGUAGAAGUAGACCAGGGUAAACCUACAUCCGUCAAUAUGUAUAAGUUUUUUUGUCGAUCGGUAUUGGGAUGCUUCUUUCCAAAGUAGACAAGUGUUAGAACUGUGGUCCUUAACAAAACUGGAUUCGAUUGGUAUCGCUUUUUUGUUGAGUUAUUUUUAGUAGAAAUGCCUCGUAUGUUAUGGAAAUAAAUGCGCAUGACAAAGAUUUGUAUAAUCUUGUUGACACAAACAAAUUAUAAAAUACAAUAAGAUUUGAUUUUCUUUAAACUAGAUUAUGGUUGUAUUUUUCUGUCCGAUUCCGUUUUACCGCUACAAAGUUACACCAAAAACCUUUUUUAAUUCAAUUAAAAGUACCAUCUUGAUUAAAAUAUUAACCUAACAUGUCAAGAUGACAACUGGCAUGUAAGAUAGAUAUGACAAAUGACACUUACGUGAGAAAUCACUCGGCGGUCUAGAUUUUGGUACAUAUAUUUGGCGGAUAUUUUUGACAUAUACCGUAUUAUAAAAAUGAUAAAUUUUAGUUGGUUUAAAGAAUAUCAAGUUUUAAUGUUAAAAAGCAUUUUUCCGCUUCAAAAAUACCCUCAUAGUACAAUGAAGACCAAAAGUGUUUUUGUUUGAGAUAGUUAUUUUGACAAAUAUUACUAAAUUAAUAUUACAAAAUUCUGUUCAGCGUUUUAAAGUUGAUUUACGAAUACAAGAAUCUUAUGCCAGCACCACACUUCGCUAUGUGCUAUUUGUUAUGCGGCUACACUGUAUGCGCCCAAAUAUUUUUGUCCUUUGAAGUGUGUAAAAACCGACAACUGGACGGAUAGGCUUAUUUUCUAUGCGUGCUUACACGCUAUGCGCGCGCAUAAAGCGAAUGCUGAUGAAUGAACCCUCCACAUUUCUUUAUAUGCGACCGAAUGAGACGCAUAACAAAUAGCACAUAGCAAAGUGUGAUGCCGCUAUUUUAUAGUUUUAGACAUACGCAUAAUGAACCAAAAAUUCAUUUAAAUAUGAGAAUUUAAUGGAGAUAUUCUACUUAUUUGAGCAUUUCUAAGACACUGAAUGCGUCUGAACCGCGUUUAAGAAAUAAUUCUGUAUGACAAAGCCUGCAAUUUAGGGUAUCUAAAUUUCAGUAUAAUGUUAAUCUUUUUUUGUCCACAUUUUGUUUGUGCAAUUGUGUAUGGAAUGUAUGAAUUAAGGACCACUGCAGAAGAUAUAGAAGUUGUUAAAAGGCUUUGAAGUAGUUCAAAUGUUAUCAGGUACUUAAGCAUACUAAAAACAUUAUGCUGCAGUAUAUACAAGGUGUCCCAAAAGUAGAGGAACGGUCGAAUAUUUCACGAAAUAAACGUCGGAUCGAAUAACUGAAAAAUACGUAUUUAAUAUUUUUCAAAAAUCUAUCGAAUGACACUAAACACGACCGCACUCUACCCCCUGGAGGUAGGGUGGGGGUAACUUUAAAAUCUUAAAUGGAAACCUCCAUUUUUUAUUGCAUAUUUAGAUUCCGUACGUAAAAGUAAGCAACUUUUAUUGGAGACAUUUUUUUCGAAUUGUGGAUAGAUUGCGCUAUAAUCGGUAAAAACGGUUUAUCGUCAGACCAUAGAUAAAUUACAGAAACGGUCCAAUAUCUCGAGAAAUACACUUCCAAAUGAAAAACCAAAAAACAUUUUUUUAAUAUUUUUCAAGAACCUAUCGAACGACCUCAAACACGACCCCCCACACCUCACCCUGAAGGUGGAGGUGGGGGUAACUUUAAAAUCUUUAAUAGGAACCCCCAUUUUUUAUUGCAGAUUUGGAUUUCUCAUAAAAAAAUAAGUAACAUUUAUUCGAAACAUUUUUUAGAAUUGUUGAUAGAUGGCGCUAUAAUCGGAAAAAUGCAAUUUAUUAGCGCCAUCUAUCAACAAAUCUAAAAAAUGUUUUGAAUAAAUGUUACUUAUUCUUGAAUGAGGAAUCCAAAAUUGCAAUAAAAAAUGGGGGUUCCUAUUUAAGAUUUUAACGUUACCCUCACCCCACCUCCAGGGUGUGAAGUGGGGGGUCGUGUUUGAUGUCUUUCGAUAGGUUUUUGAAAAAUAUUACACACGUGUUCUUUGGUUUUUCAUUUGAAAGUGUAUUUCUCGAGAUAUUAGACCGUUUCUAUAAUUUACCUAUGGUAUCACGAUAAAUCGUUUUCACCGAUUAUAGCGCCAUCUAUCCACAAUUCGUAAAAAUUGUUUCAAAUAAAAGUUGCUUUUUUACAUAAGAAAUCCAAAUCUGCAAUAAAAAAUUGGGGUUUCCGUUUAAGAUUUUAAACUUACCCCCCAUCACUCCUCAGGGGAUGGAGUCGUGUUUUAGUGUCAUUCGAUAGAUUUUUGAAAAAUAUUGAAUGCGUAUUUUUCAGUUUUUCGAUUCGAUGUUCAUUUCGCGAAAUAUUCAACCGUUCCGCUACUUUUGGGACACCCUAUAUAUGAAAUAUAAUGAAUAUUUACGCUUAUAAUUCGUAUUGUAAAGCAUUAAUUAAGUAUUAUACUCCUCAGAUUUAAUUAUCAAUACGACAACUUGUUUAUAUUCUUAAUUUCUAAUGCAAGUUUAAGUCAAUUUAAGACAAUUCAUCAUUCUUGUUAAUGUAAAGGCAAUCUUACCAAUUAUCCGAUGCCUAUAACAGCUUUACUGUAUGUUCAAAAGUUUCUGUUAUCGACCAAACUCAAAACAUAGCUUCUCAAAAUCAUAAAAAAGCCACUACAGAUCUGUAGAAUCUAUCCACCACAUUUAAAAGGCAACAAACAAAUAUGUAAAUGUUUAUAUUCUUAGAUAUAAAUAUUUAUAUCCAAGUUAUAUAGCUUCUAGUUAGAUUUUUAUUCAUAUUUGCCAAUUUUGACUGUUUGCUGUCUUCCCUAGAAGACGACUACGUGAACUUUUUUAUUCUUACUGAGCACAUGAAGAUAUUCUUUGGUUUUUUUAUUUUGAUUCAAUUUUUAAUACAUAUUAUGUUAGUCUCGCUUACAGUGAUAACUCGUCACUUCUGUCGGUGCGUGACUUUUUCGAGUUUAAAAAUAGAAAAAGUCGCAAGGGACCAGAUCUGGAGAAUACGAUAGAUGGGGUAGCAGUUUGUAGCCUCAUUCGACCAAUUUAGCCGUGAAGACGCGAAGGUGUGAGCCAGUGCGUUGUCAUGGUAGAUGAGCACCUUUUUCUUCGCCAAGUGGAACCGUUUUUUCUGCAAUUCGGCAUAGUAGAGCCCUGGAACCUUGGAAUCUCAGAAAACAAUGGCCAUAACCUUUCUGGUCGAUAGGAUAGUCUUUCCCUUCGCCUAUUUUUGACGGUUGUCAUUGAAGGAGAAGAGUCACUGUAUACAUCAUCCAAGCGCUCUGGCUUUGUCUGUUAUUUUGAUAGCUUGUCGAUAGGUUAAAAAUUUCCAAACAUUUUUGAACCAGACCUAAACCGAAACUAUAUUAACUAUCACAGAUUCUUAUUGGUUUAUAAAAUGAAUUAUAUACAUACACAUUUUUUAGUUAAAAAGAGCAACAACCUUAAGGAGAAGUUUACAUCCUAAUAAUAACAUUUGAUCUACUCCAAGUAUUUACUAAUAUCGUAUUUAAGACUCAUCUUCCAAGAAGUCGUAGCUUACAAAUAGGAAAGAAUCGUAAUAGAAAAGGAUCAUCUGUCUGUUCACCUCAUUCUAGAAAUAAAAUGAAUAUCUAGAUCGUUAACUGCCAUUUUAAUGUAAAUAGGUGUAAAUAUGAAUCGUUUUAGUUUUGUUCAAGUACAAGCAGUCAUUGUGUAAGCAUCAGAUUUGCGAUUUACAGAAUACCGGCUUUUAUUUGCACACAAUAUAAUACAACUCUCCUCUCUAUUGUGGCGAACGUCAUUUUAUAUCAUUGCCGCCGAUCCAUCUCCGGUGCGCGUCGAUGGUGGUGAAAGAUAGGGUGUGAGUGUGUGCGUACAGAGCAAUCGCAUGCCGGCGGCGCGAGCUGGCGACGUUACCGUUACAACCUGAUCUAACCAUUGCAGGAUUUACAUAACCUACUUUUAUAGGAUUUUUUCGUCUUUUAUGAGGAUAUAAAAAUGUUCGAAACAUAUCUCGGUCCUACUGGGUCUAUUUAUCCACCUGUUCUUUUUUCUCUAUUGCCUUCUUUAUAUAUCCGUGGUUAUUUUCUGUGGUUAGCAUCUUCUCCGCUAUUUCUGUAAUUGAUUGUGGCAUGUCUUCCAGCUCUCUUUCAAGUAGACUUUUGUAACACAUUUUUCAUUAUAAGCAAUUACCUAUCAUUUUCAGUAGUUCCAAAGCAGUAAAGACAUGCAUUCAAGCAUCUAUGUCCUGGCAGCAUCUGCAUCAGGAAGUUAUCCGAAUUCCAGUAACGGCAAUCCAUCUUUUCAGUUUUGAAGUCAACGAUUCUUCCACUGCGAUGCAUUCCCGAUCUAAGCUUAUUUCUCUUUCUAUGUUAUGGUCGACGUUCUUGACGUUCCCUUGCGAUAUCUUCGCCUCUUCUGAUAUUUUUCUUAGAACCUCGGCGUAGACUCUUUCGUGGAAACAUACCUCAGAAGAUUCUUUAUGUCUGCUCAGGUUAUCUGCCUUUUGUACCUCUGUGUCAGGACAUCUCCACUCCAGGUCUAUGUCGUAUAGAGUACAAUCGAUUUUCGUACAUAGACCAUACAUGCUCACCUCAGCUUUCAUUUUGAGUUAGUCAUCCUAGGUAUCUCAUGAAUUUCUUUGUAAUUUCAGUCACUUCCUAAAUUUCUGUAAAUUUGGAAUUUCGUUGUCCGUUGAGGACUAUGGUCUCGGUUUUACCGUUUAUCAACCAUCGCGCAUGAUUACUGCGCACCGAUGAUAAGAUCCUCCGCCUCCCUAUCUUAUGCGAGCAUUAGCAUAUCCCGAGUUAUUUGCGAAUGCAUAUAGCGUGUUACACUCUCACAGUAUUAGCAUAUGAACCCGUCAUAGCUGGGGCAGUAAAGUCCAAAAGGCAGCGCUGAAAAAUCUCGUUGAAUUUACUAAAGAUAGAUUUUUCACAGUUGAUUACUGUGAUUGUGUAGAGAAACAUACUGCGGUCGGUCAAGCGAAACGUAGAACAGGGGUUACUGAGAGGGUAUCAAAGUUGCUUUCCUACGAAGGUAAUUAAAUCCAUUUACUACGGCUGAAAAUCAGUACACACAUUCUAAAUUAAAUAUAAAUAAAAGUUAUUAUAGUCGGUCAGCUGUAUGACGGGACAGAGCCGGCCGGUCUGCCCCAGUGAAUGUACAAGGUUAUUCACUAUAUUUUGACCCCCUUGCAGGCUUUAUUUACAGAAUUAGAAAAAAAUGUAAAAUACCAAAGUUAUUCGAUUUUAAAAUUAUGAUUUUUUGACAUAUAUAUCGUACUAGUGACGUCAUCCAUUUGGGCGUGAUGACGUAAUCGACUAUUUUUUAAAUGGGAAUAGGGGUCGAGUGCUAGCUCAUUUGAAAGGUUAUUAAAUUCCCUAUUCAGUAAUAUAAACGUUAACAUGAUUUUUAUACAGGGUGUCAAAAAAAAAUUAAUUAAAUAAAUUGUUUAAUUAUUAAUUCAAAAUUUUUUUGGACACCCUGUAUAAAUAAUGAUCUUAAUGUUUAUAUUACUGCAUAGAGAAUUGAAUCACCUUUCAAAUGAGCUAGCACACGACCCCUAUUCUCAUUUAAAAAAAUAGUCGAUUACGUCAUCACGCCCAGAUGGAUGACGUCACUAGUACGAUAUAUAUGUCAAAAAAUCAUAAUUAAAAAAUCGAAUAACUUUUGUAUUUUACAUUUUUUUCUAAUUCUGUAAAUAAAGCAGUUUACAAGGGGGUCAAAAUUUAGUGAAUAACCCUGUACAUUCAUUGGGCCCGACCGACCGGCUCUGUCCCGUGAUACAGCUGACCGACUAUAAUAACUUUUAUUUAUAUACAAUUUAGAAUGUGUGUACUGAUUUUCAGCCUUAGUAAAUGGAUUUAAUUACCUUCGUAGGAAAGCAACUUUGAUACCCUCUCAGUAACCCCUGUUCUACGUUUCGCUUGACCGACCGCAGUAUGUUUCUCUACACAAUCACAGUGAAAAAUUUAGCUUUAGUAAAUUCAAAGAGAUUUUUCAGCGCUGCCUCUCCGUCUAGUAUAACUGAUCUCUCGCUGCACUAUAUUUGAUAGAUUUUGAUGUUUACUCGGAAUAAGUACUUAUUAUCAUGUUUGCAAAUAAAAAACGGUCUUCUGUCGCUUUAGAGGUAGACGUAUGUUACUUGAAUAUAAGCUGAGUAUACUUUUGGUCUCUAACUUUUAACCAACUUACAAUUCCGUUUAAAAACCGUUGUAUGCCAAAUCGUCUCUAGAGCCAGAGACUCGUCUAUUCACAUUGAAUUAAAUUGUGCUCAGCUCACAGAAAUAUAUAUAUAUCACAUAAAAUAUCGUUCGUUUUUUCGAGUUAGUUAAAAACUAUAUUUUUCUAGCAUUUACUAGUAUAAAGACCAGAAGAAACACUUGAAUAGUUUGCGCCGAGAGUAGAGGACACCUACAGGAACACAUUUGUAAAGAAUGGUUGUAGCAUGGCUGACUUGAGUAAUUCCAUAUGGGGUAUUUUCUUGCGAAAUUUACGUUUAAUUUCAAAUACGAUAUAUUGCUUCUGUUGAUAUUUACUAGCAACUUAUUUAGACACAACGACAACAUGUACUUAAGAGGAAACAGUAGCGAUCAACAGGUAGCAAAAACGCGUUCCAAGAUUGCGGCUGUAAUUUUGAAUAUUUUUUCGAGAUAUUUGGCACACUUAUUCGUAAUAUAAUAAAGAAUGGCGGUACAGAGCCCAAUUUGAAAAAUAUAUUAAUAUCUGGAAAUUACUUGUAAUUAAAUACAAUAUUAAAAAGACGAGCCUGUACCGCCAUUAAGAAGAACAAAAAAAUACACUUUUUUCAAAUAAACUUUUUUAUCCGAUGCCUAGAUUUUGUGUCAUUUUGGAACUACUAAUGAAAUAAAAAAUGUUAGUAGUUCCAAAAUGACACAAAAUCUAGGCAUCGGAUAAAAAAGUUUAUUUGAAGAAAGUGUAUUUUUUGUUCUGCUUAAUGGCGGUACAGGCUCGUUUGUUUAAUAUUGUAUUUAAUUACAGAGUAAUUUCCACAUAAUAAUAUAUUUUUCAAAUUGGGCUCUGUAUCGCCAUUCUUUAUUAUAUUACGAAUACGUGUGCCAAAUAUCUCGAAAAAAUAUUCAAAAUUACAGCCACAAUCUUGGAACGCGUUUUCGCUACCUGUUGAUCGCUACUGUUUACUCUUAAUGUGUUUGUAGAAUUCCACUUAAUCGGCAAAAGAUUGAUCAUAUUAGACAUGAUAAUCACUUUUUCAUAACAGUAAUCACAAUUUUUAGGCGGGUGGCUAUUAUCAAAAAAUAUCGAUUCAUACUCACCAGCUGAAACUUGUUUUUUAGUCGAUAGAUCACAAUGUCGAUAUGCUAUGUUGAAAAUUUUCCAUGGCAACAUGUUUAUUUAUUUUUAAACAAAUUUUUAAACAAAUUACAAAAAAUUGCUUUUUUCGUUUUAAAAUCCCUUUUUUUUUUGUUAAUUUGGAUUUUCCAAAAGUUAUUCUUGUGAUUUUUUCGUAAAAUGUUUACGUUAAGCGUGAAAUGUAAGUAAACGAUUAAAAAACAACCGUAAGAAGCCAUUUUUAGCGUUUUUUGAGACCAUUUUUCAAUAGGUUGGACAUGAAUAAAAAAUAAAAAAUAUAAGAUGAAUUGCGCAUUUUGAAACUUCUGUGAUUUCUUAUAUUUCAUCUCAUAUUUUUUGUUGUUUUUUUAAUUCGAUGUUCAACCCAUUGGAAAAAAGCAUCAAAAAUCGCCCAAAUUUUCUUUUUUCAGCACUUUCAUUUGUUUAUUUAUACCUAUUUUACGCCUAAAGUAAGCAUUCUACGACAAAAUCACAAUAACUUUCGUUUUAAAAUAAACUUACGUGCAUAGAAAUCGGCCCACUUAAAAACUUGGUCAUUUUUGAUGUCUCAUAUUUCCUAAACCUGUUGGCCGAUUUAAGGAUUUUUUGAACAUGUUAUAGCCUGAUUCUUUAGCAAUACCACUGUAAUAAUAUUGUUGCUAAACAGGUAAAUUUUCAUUGUAUACCGGGUGUACCAAUCAAACUGUGUUUUUUCUCAAAGUUUGCAUCACCCUGUGGAAUAUUCUAGCAUUUAUAAAAUACUGAAAUUAAAACCCAACUAUAGCAUCAGGUUUUCUUAACAUUCUGCUUUUUGAUUCAUUCGUUUAUGUUUGAUAAUAAAAAAGUUAAAUACUUUAACAACUAGACAUAAUAUGUUCUUCAUCAAUACACGGUGUUUUUAAAUAAGUGCGACAAACUUUAAGGGGUAAUUCUGCAUGAAAAAGUAAUGACAAUUGGCUUUAUAAACGUAUGUCCGCAAAUGUUUCGUUUCCGAGAUACGGGAUGUUGAAUUUUUCUUACAAACUGACGAUUUAUUUAUUGCUUUAAAACCAGUUCAGAUAUGCAAAUGAAAUUUGGUAGGUUUUAAGAGCUAGUUAUUGCGGAUUUUUUGACAUAAAAUUAAGAAUUUUAUAUUCACCAUUUGCGUGCAUACGGGUAAUAUGAUCGGUCAUAUUACACGUAUGCGCGCUAAUGGUGAAUAUCAAAUUCUUAAUUGUAAGUCAGAAAAUGUGCAAUAACUACGACUUAAAACCCACCAAAUUUCAUUGGCAUAUCUCAACCGGUUUUAAAGCAAUAAAAUAAAUCGUCAGUUUGUAAGAAAAAAUACAACAUCCCGUAUCUCGGAAACGAAACAUUUGUGGACAUACGUUUAUAAAGCCUACUGUCAUUAUUUUUUCAUGCAGAAUUAUCACUUAAAGUUUGUCGUACUUAUUUAGAAACACCCUGUAUUGAGGAAGAACAUGGCUACUUGUUAAAGUACCUAACUUUUUUAUUAUCCAACUUAAACGAAUGAUUCAAAAAACAGAAUGUUAAGAAAACGUGAGGCUAUAGUUGGGUUCUAGUUUCAGUAUUUUAUAAAUGUUAGAAUAUUCCACAGGGUGAUGCGAACUUUAAGAAAAAAACACAAUUUGAUUGGUAGACCCGGUAUACAAUGAAAAUUUACCUGUUUAGCAACAAUAUUAUUACAGUGGUACUGUUAAAGAAUCAGGCUAUAACAUAUUCAAAAAAUCACUUAAAUCGGCCAACAGGUUUAGGAAAUAUGAGACAUCGAAAAUUACCAAAUUUUUAAGUGGGCCGAUUUCUAUGCACGUAAAUUUACAUAACUGAAAUUAUCAAAAAAAGUGAUUUCGAAGCAAAAAUGGCAUUUUUUAUAACUUGUUUAAAAAUUGUUAUAAGUAAAUCGAUUGUAAUCUAUCAACUAAAACAAGUUACAGGUUGUGAGUAUGAAAUCGACGUUUUUUGACAGAAGCCAUCUGCCUAUAUUGCCAAAUAGUAAUGUUGCUAUUGUUAAAGAUUAGAGAGCAUUCAGUAUUCCAAACUAUUUUAGUUUGGACUGUAUUUAAAUUAUGUCUUGUUUUACUUUUGUUUUUAUUCAUAAAAAAGAACAGUUUACUUAAACCAUGUUAACAUGGUAUAUGGAUAUAUUUAUUAAAAAGGCCCUUUCGGGCUAUAUCACAGAACGGUUUUGGAAUGACUUCCAUCGUCAUUACAAGCUAUACAUGGUUGAGCCACUAAAAUCUAUGAGCGAGAACCCUUUAAAUGGUGUAAAGUUAUUAUUAUGUUACAUUAUAGAUAUUAUUAUGUGAUGUUUGAACUUUUACUUGAUUUUACAUCAUAGCACCGCAGUACUUCCAAUUAUGUGGGUUGCUGGCUCUGAGAGAAACCUCACUAAAUGGACUCUAGAUAGCAACUGGCUAUUUUUUUUAAUUGCAACUAGCCAUUUUUAGUGGUUCAACCAUGUAUACCUUGUAAACAGCACUGAUGAUGGAGUUCUUAAUCCAAAAACGUUCUGUGACGUAGCCCGAAAGGGUCAGUUUAAUAUAAAUAUACCUUUUAUAAAGCAUUUUUAAGAUUUAUGGUGUACAGCCGACUACAAAAAAUUCGUUUCCUUGUGGAGAAAUGUACAAGUUAGCCAUGUUAUCAAUCAUUCUUGUUUCACUUCUAAAAAUUUAUGUAAAGGAGCGUAUCCACUAUGUUCGCGAACCUCUUGUGCCCCGCGCUCCCUGCAACUGCUCCAAUGGAUACGGCAUGCGCUCCUCUACAUAUAAACUGCCAACGAUUGGAGCGCUGAGGUGGAACGCUCACCGUUGCACGGUGAGAGAGCGCGAACGUAUCCCCUAUGUGGAGCAAUUGCAGGAGCACGGAGCGCAAAAGAAGCACGAACAUAGUGGAUACGUGCCUUAAGAGAUUAAUAGCGAAUAGGAUUGAAGAACUUGUUAGUUAUCGCUUGUUUUUGUUAUGUAUAGGAACAGGAUCAGUUGUUUUAGCGUAAGGUACCAGUAACGUGUGUUACAGUCCAUUUUUGCAUCACACGCAUUUCUUAUUUUAUUUGUAGAUACAGGUUAAUUUUAGACUUAUCGGAUUUUAAUCAUUUUUUUUUUUUCGAUAUCGUCCCUAUGGAUUUUUUUUUAUGAUUGGACUUUGAGCAUAUUAUAAAUGUUUGUCAAUUCUUGGUAGAAAUGCGUAUGAUGCUGUGAAAGCUUCUAUAAUUAUUAUUAUAUGAAAGAUAUUUAUUAUAUAUACAUAUAUAAAUUAUACUAAUUUUUUAUUAGUACAUGGAAAAUAAAUGUGUGAUCAUUA